AUGACAAAGUUCAUAAACCUUUACAACCACAAGGAUAUCAACAUUGCCGAUUCACCUGGAUCAAAUGAUAAAGAGGGAGCAGUUGAUCUCGCCACCCACGUCUCAACCAUCAACGGUAUCCAAUCUUCAAAUUCAGUACGACCCGUUCUUGUCCUCUCCAGACACGACAUUGAAGCCAACCGAGGAAAGAAUUUUAGUGAUCUCCUUGACCACCUGGCCCACAUGAUACCUGAAGACCUAGCCACCAAUAUGCAAUCAAUGACUGUGGUCUUCACCAACAUGGACCCGGAACAUUCUUUGAGUAAACAGUAUGCCGACAUCGAGAGAUUCAUCACCUUACAACUCAAUCAUGAGGAGAUGGAUGAUCCUUCCAGUAUGAGAUAUACUCUUAUCAACAGAAUAUUUGUUGGUGCCAAGGCAAAACUCAAUCUCUUGGAGAACAAUAUCCAGAGUUUGGAUUCAAACAUCAUACAUAUCGCCGACCCCCUCAAGCCCAACGAUCGGGACUCUCUCCUCUCUAUCAUCUUGUCGAAGCCGGGAAUCACUAACCCUAAGGAAGUGAUCAAGUUCAACAUCUCCCCUGCCUCCCAGACCUAUAUUGAUAGUGUUGCUUCAAAGAUUCAGAGCACUAUCAAGGACUCUCUAUCGUCCAAAGAUUUUGAAUCAUUGAAGAAGAUGCUCGAUCUCUUCUGGCAACUAAACAGCAUUCUUGGGUUAAACAAUCUGGACACUUCAUACAAUUCCACAAUAGAUGAUAUCAAGCAACACCUUAAACAACUGGUUCAAUCUACAAAGGACAGUCUGAUUGUUGGUCUUCGGCUGGGAAAUAACAUCAAUCAUCUGCAACUAAAAUCGCUUAUUGACAACAUCACGAGAAUCAGAAUCCAAGUUGGUGGACAGUUGUCAAACGUUGAGACACACGAACAAUUCUUGGAAUCCCUUAUUCAGAUUGUCACCGAGUGUCUGCUCUCAUUGAAAGACAUCUCUGUGUACUCAUCAAUCAAAUCUCAGUUGGACAAGUUUUAUCAGCUCACCCUUCUGGACCCGUGCUUUCAACCAAUGUUGGAUGCCGCCAAACAAACUAUAGCCGAACGAGCCAGGUCAUUAUUAGAAGAGGUUAAAAAUGACCUAGACAACUUAAAGUUGGAGGACAUUGUCACUGUCUUGACAAUUUGUGAUGGCAUCAAGAACAAGAAGGGCAAUAUAAUGACUUUAUCACAAAUCAAGAAUCUAAACGACCCAAUCGAAGUGACAGAACCCAAAGAAGAACUUGCCAUUUUCGAGAGUUCCAGGAACACCAAGCCUGAGACCAAAGAGUGUUUCUGUCAAAUAUGUAGAGUUGACCAAGCUUCCAUGUCAGAUUCAAUCCAGAAAGGAAGGUGGGACACGUUCAAGCGGGAAUAUGAGACAAUGAACCUCCUAAGGACAUGCAAUCAUUUCCCUUCGGCACCAUUGAUCCUACCAGCUAUUGAGAUGGAGCUGAAACAUACUUUUUAUUUAUCCGUCAACACCAUUAAGAGCCAACUGGAGGAGGACAAAUAUGAACAGGUGGCUAGUGUUGCCAAACGUAUCAUCAAUGCGAGGGGCAUCAACAUCAUCUCCUCAAUCAUUGGAGACGAAUUAUUCUCAGAUUUGAUUGAUGAUAUCAACAAUACCAUCGACAACUUCAUCAAAAGAAUGGUCAACCACCUUUCAGUGAACAAUCUCAAUGAGUUUGCAAUCCAACAACAGUUGCUCAAUCAUCUCCAUAAUCUGCCUCAUUCAAAGACCGACCUCCACUUUAUGAUCAGUCAGCUCAACAUUGAUUUUAAAUCCAGACUAGACCACCUUAUUGACGAUGUCGUUGGAUUCCUUAAAUUGGGAAACUACGAACAGGUCAAUAGAAUAGUAUGCGGCUUCCCUACAGGCACUCCUGUACAUACAGAGCUCAUCUCCAAGAUAAUUGCCUUCUUGAGCACCCUGGAGUCCAAUUUGUACGAUCGAGCCCUAAGUCUGGACAUCCCACUAGACAACGAUAAGACUGACAUCAAUUUUUCAAAGAAUCUAUUAUCAUUCUACAAAGCUUCUAUAUUGGCAGAUCUACUCUCGGUCAAAUUCCAAUAUGACAUCACGUCCAAGAUCAAAGAAAUCCAAGACACACUCCUCAAGAGUAUCAAAUCUUUGUGUGAGAGGCAAAAAGAUUCCAUCAAAGACCACAACUUCACCGAAGCAUGUUCAAUCUCCAACAGAGUGGAUGAGAUCGUCAACAGGAUCACAGGCCACUCACACAAGGUGAUUGAGAUAGAACUUGGCAAGAAACUGAUACUAUCCAAACAGAUAAUCAGUAACUCCUUAAACAAUCUGAACAUUGACUCAUUGUUUGCCGAGGACAAGAAUAUCCUCGAGAGCAUUAAACAAGCCACCAAAAUAGAUAAUUCCUGCUCGGCUAAGUUCAAACAACUGGAGGACACCUACAUUAGGAAAUUGUCAACCAGGGCCGAGUCAAUUCAGGAACAGAUUGACAACGGACACUCCUUCGAUGCCAUGAUCAAAAAGAACGAGGACUUGGACAACUCAGUCACAACCCAAGAUAAUGUUCUCCAUAACCAACAGGCAUUGCAUGGAUGA